ACUUUACUGGAACAUUAUUUAAAAUGCAAAUUACGAAUGACGAGGGAUCGUUUUAAUCACUCUAGUCAGAAAACAGCCAAGUGCAUCUCGCGCAUGCUUACCGACAACUUUUCUCCCAACUUGACUGUUAGUCGUCAUUGAAUUAUCAUCAAGAUUGCACUCAACGCAAACGAUCGCUGCAUUUAUGGAAAAGUUCCAUCCCAUGCAAAACGACAAAUGGAUUUUGGAUUUUUACUAUGCUGCACAAGUCAGCUUCUGGUUGUUGAAGCCGAUCGGUGCUUGGCCACUGGAACAACGAGCUACCAAAAUAGAAAUUAUUAUAUAUAGCUUAUCAAUUGUCCUCGCUAUGUUUUUCCAACUGUUUAUGAUCAUUCCGUGGAUCAUAUGUAUAGUUACCGCCAAAUGGAGCAUGUACGAGAUUCUCAGGACUGCAUGUCCGCUAAUAUUUUCAAUUACUGUCUUUCUGAGAUACUUACUGUUGCUAUUCCGUCGAGAUGAAAUCAGAUCGUGCAUCGAUCAUGUUGUUGAAGACUGGCGUAACGCGACGAUAAUCGAAGAUCGCAAAAUCAUGUUAGCGAACGCUAAAUCCGGACGCUCCUUUGGCAUUAUCUCCGCGGCGUUUAUGUUCGGCAGCGGUAUACCUUAUACCUGCAUGCCUUUAGUGUUGCCAUCCGUCGUUACAGAAGACAACGUGACAAUUAGAUCGCUGCCCAAUCCUUCCGAGCUACUCUUUUUGGACAACCAGGUCAGUCCAAUUUAUGAAAUCGUAUAUGUGUUGGAAACUUUAUCGUGUUGUACAUUAUAUACCGUAUUUUGCGGUACUUGUAGUUUAACGGCUAAAUUCGUUACUCACGCGUGUGGUCAGUGCGAAAUCCUGAUGUAUAUUUUUGAAGAUGUGAUCGAUGGUGGUAAUCGAAACCAGGGCACUAUCGAUCAAAGAAUUAGUUUUGCUAUAACCCAUCACCUCCGAAUAUUCAGAUUUGUUUCCGAAGUAGAAAAAAUUUUAAACGAGAUAUGUUUAGCGGAAUUUUUAAAUGCUUCGUGUAACAUAUGUUUACUUGGUUAUUAUGUUAUUAUGGAUUGGAACAAUCAUGAAUCGAUGCUACAAAUUUUUGUAUAUUUUUUUGCCUUCGUAUCUAUCACUUUUAACAUAUAUAUAUUUUGUUAUAUUGGUGAACAGCUUGUAGAUCGAUACCAGAAAAUAGGUGUUAAAUGUUAUAUAAUAGAAUGGUAUCGUUUACCUGAAAAUAAGGCGCGUAACUUGAUUUUCCCGAUGAUUAUGUCGAAUUAUCCGAUUGAACUUACUGCCGGAAAAAUGACGACAAUGACUAUAAGCAGUUUCUCUAAUAUUUUGAAAAUGUCGAUGACGUACUUGAAUUUACUUCGCGAAGUUGUCUCGCGGGAAAAUAUAUAAAUGUGCAAAGAUAGAGAGAAUUUUUGAGACAAAGUAUUUAAGAGUAUAAUACAUUCUUCGAAGAUUAUUAAUAUUUUUAGAAAUAUGCGAGCAAUCUACUAAGUAAUAAGUGUAUAUGUAGUUGAAUAUGUAAGAUCAAAAUGUACAAGAAUAAUGCGAAGCACACGGUUAUGUAAAAACUUUUACACACGCAAUAUUAGCUGUAAAGUUUUUUUGAGAAAAAUAUCAGAAAAUAUGAGAACUACAUAAUGUUAGUAACUUUGCGAUUAUCCUU